AUGCCGCUUCCGACCAAGUUCUUCGUCUCGCCCAUGCGCCGGCCGGGCGAGACGCUCGGGCUCGAGUGGGGGUGGCUCUUCAAGGCCGGCGCCGUCAGUCGUCCCGGCAGUCCGUCGCCCGCACACUCGCCCCUGCCUGGUCUCUCUGCGCCGAGUUCGACGCCGAACUCGCCGAGUAAAGCCGCCAAGGCUAAACCAGCACAGGCGCAGGCCAACAGUGCUGCGGCGGCCGCGCAGGCUGCGGGCGCUAGACUCAGUGAGGCGGUCAAGGGCGGGAGGGAUGGGAUUGUCGCGCCGACGCCGAUGAGGGCCAUGCCUGGCAUGUCUGGGCGGCCGGGGAGCCAGCCGGCCUCGCGGCCAGCGAGCCAGCCGGGAAGCGCAUCGGGGAGCAAGCCGAACUCGCAGCCGAGUUCAAAGCCCGGCUCGCCGCCAAAGAUCAACGUCGGUGGUGCCACGCCAACCACCCCUUCGUCCUCGACACCCACCACCUCCGUGCCGACGUCCGCGCCAGCGCCGGGGACGAACAGCGUCAAGCCCGCCCAUGCCACGAAGCACGAGCGCUCCGCCGACGAGAUCGCGCACGUGAAGGCGAUCCUGGCAUCGAGCACCGCGCUCUCUCUGCCCGAGGCGCAGGGCGGGAUGUCGCACGGCGUGCCCGGCCUCGUCAUCGAGGAAAUGCGGGAACACCUGCACGUGCACGCGUGCGACAAGCGGCUGACGCUCACGGAGCUCCGCGCGCUCUUCCCGCACUUCACAUUCCCCGAGGCGCCGGACGAGGACACGGUGUGGAAGCCCAUCUCUGUGCGCGGGCGCGAGACGGAGGACGAAAUGGUCGCGCGCGCCGGACGGGGGCUCGAGAUUCUGUUUGAUAUGGCACAGGAGGACAGAUAUGUGAGCCUCACGGCACACUCGGGGCUGCUCCGGGCUGUGUACAAGAAUCUCGGGAUUCCGUAUCGACGCCUCGUCACGGGGGAGAUGAACGUGCUCGUUGUGCGCGUGCGCAAGGUCCCCGAAGUCCCCGAAUUACAGAAUGGAGUCAAUGCCCCGCUCUGA